GCCGCGUGCGCCUGACGGAUGCCAAGAGGACCGAGACGCGCGGCUGGUGGAACAAGCACAAGAAGUUCCUGCCGGUCUCCGAUACGUUCCACAGCAGGACGAUCGACAACAACCUCGAUCCGGUCUGGAACGAGGCCUUCCAGUUCGACAUGAUGUGCCCGCAGCACCCCGACGCAGCGGGCAGGCACCGGUACCAGCUCGAGGUGUAGCGAGGACGGGGAUCUGACGAAGAGCAACUUCUUGGGCGCCGUGUACAUCCCGUUUGAGAGCAUCCUCUCUGGGAAAGUCUCCGGCACUCAGACCAUGCAGCUGCAGCAGAACCAGGCCGACUCGAGCGACAGCCGCCCCGCCCAGGGCACCGUCCACCUCGUGGUGCAGUGGUGCUCCAAGGGCAACACCGCCUGCGUGCAGAAGGCCCUGCUGGACGCGGGGUCGAAAAGCGCUGCCGCGCCCACUCACGAGGUGGACUGCGAGCAGAGGUGCACGCGCAAGAUGAAGCCGAAACUCGACAAGAUAGUGGACGAUGUGAUCUCCGACAUCGAGGACGCCAUCCGCGCGGACAGGAUGGCAGAGCACUACGACGACCUGGAGGACCACUUCGAGGAGCUCGAGGACCACGCGGAGGACCGAGGAGACCAUCACGCGGAGCAGCACUUCGAUAACCUCCAGGACCGCUACGAGGAUCUGGAGGAGCACUAUGAGGAUAAAGCGAAGGACAAGUGGAAGGAUGCUCGCAAGGGUAUGUCGAAGCUCUUUGAGAGAGCUCUUUUGGUUGCGCGCGACACGUGCGGGCCGAAAGUUGGGGCGUAUGUGAGCCAGGCGGAGCAGUACAUGAACCCGCCGCCCCAGAAGAAGUUCAAGGACAAGGAGGCCAAGAAGGCAAUCCGCCAGCUCGAGAGGGUCAAAUCUCACCUCAACGGCGUCAGCGGCUGCAUCCACAACAAGUGGAGCAAGGGUGAAUUCGCCCCGCUCCGGGAGGAGGUGUCCUCCAACUGCGCGGACUACUACCAGAGACGCUGAGCGCCAAUUGCUCGGUGCGCACAUGACUUGUUGGGCCACGAUCGACUGCCAGUAUGCACUUGUUUCGUGGCGCCCA